CGUUCCUUUUCUCGGCCGCCAUAGUUGUUGGCCAACACAUUUGUAAAGUUAGUGACACAAUCCGGUGUCAUCGGAACUUCACGAGUAAUUGCGAGUAAGAAUGACAGAGCAAUUAACUCACAGGGGUACCCUUAAAGGCCACAAUGGCUGGGUUACCCAAAUCGCGACCACUGCGAUGUUUCCGGACAUGAUUCUUUCGUCGUCCCGAGACAAGACCGUGAUCAUGUGGAAGCUGACGCGCGACGAUACGAACUACGGCGUCCCGCAGAAAGCCCUUCGCGGCCAUGGUCACUUCGUGUCCGACGUCGUCAUGUCGUCCGACGGCCAGUUCGCCCUCUCCGGAUCGUGGGACGGCACUCUGCGCCUCUGGGAUCUGAGCACUGGACAGACGACCCGUCGCUUCGUCGGCCACACGAAGGACGUGCUGAGCGUGGCGUUCUCCGCCGACAACCGGCAGAUUGUGUCGGCGUCGAGGGACAAGACCAUCAAGCUGUGGAACACACUCGGCGCUUGCAAGUACACCAUCCAGGAGGAAGGCCACACUGAGUGGGUGUCUUGCGUGAGGUUCUCGCCUAACAACAACAAUCCGAUCAUCGUCUCGUGCGGGUGGGACAAGUACGUGAAGGUGUGGAAUCUCGUUAACUGCCGACUGAAGACGAACCACAUCGGCCACACGGGCUACCUCAACACUGUGACCAUGUCGCCCGACGGCUCCCUCUGUGCUUCGGGAGGCAAGGACGGCCAGGCGAUGCUGUGGGAUCUGAACGAGGGCAAGCACCUGUACACGCUCGACGGAGGAGACAUGAUCAAUGCUCUCACCUUCUCCCCGAACAGAUACUGGCUGUGCGCCGCCACCGGACCCAGCAUCAAGAUAUGGGAUCUCGAAGGAAAGGUCGUCGUCGACGAGCUCAAGCCGGAGAUUCUCUCCACUACGAUCGGCUCGAAGACUGCUCCUCCGCAGUGCCUCUCGCUCGCGUGGUCCGCUGACGGGCAGACGCUGUUCGCAGGCUACACCGACAACGUCAUCCGCGUCUGGCAGGUCACCAUAGGAACCCGAUAGUCGUCGUUGUCGUCGCGGCAACCGCGUUGAGUUUUGUCUCGCGCGGCGGGGAGUGGGUGUUCGGCGUGUCUUGAUGAGUGUGGGAGGCAGACGCACAACGUGCUAACGCGAGUCGUCUCUGUAUCGCUGGCAGUCGCCGUUGUUGUAAAAUACCCGUGGCGUGUGUGCGAGAAAAAUAAUUAUGAUAAUAAUAAAAAAAAACAUCUUCAGUGACCUAGGAAA